UAUAGCCGGUGAUAUGCUACUCAAAUUUAGCCACCUGUUUUCCCAUUUUUUCACCGCAUCUGCCCGGCGUUGUCCGUACGCCAUCCUUUAAAAUAGUGAUUUGUUAGAACCCCAAAAUUGAAAGAAAACCCUAUCUGUCUCCCCGCGUCAAUUCCAAGCUUUUGAAAAAACCAUACCAGGAUACCCUCUCUGUUUCUUUCUCUCUCUAAAAUUUGAAUCCGGACCGGAUCCAUCGAUUUCGAUCCGUUAAAUUAAAAAAACUUCAUUUUUCUCUCUCUAGAAAAUCAAACCAUCAGUAAUGAGGAAAGGAGCCAAGAGAAAGAGAAGCCAGAAAGAAGAAGCUGCUCCUGCUCCUGCUCCUGACAACCACAAAACCACCGAAUCGACCAAGCCACCUACUAGAGCUAAGCGGGUCAAGGCAUCCAAACCCGAAUCCGAACCUGAAUACUUCGAGGACCAGCGCAACUUGGAAGAUUUAUGGAAGCAAAUAUUCCCCGUCGGUACAGAGUGGGAUCAAUUGGACAAGGUUUACGGAUUUAACUGGAAUUUCUCUAAUCUAGAGAAUGCAUUUGAAGAAGGAGGUGUUCUACAUGGGAAGACAGUUUACCUUUUUGGGUGCACAGAGCCUCAACUGGUCCCUUUCAAGGAUGAAAACAUAUUAAUCUACAUACCUGCAGUGGUGGCGGUUGUAUCUCCUUUCCCUCCUUCUGAUAAGAUUGGAAUUAAGUCAGUUCAGAGGGAGGUUGAAGAAAUAAUUCCCAUGAAGCAAAUGAAAAUGGACUGGGUUCCUUACAUACCUUUGGAAGACAGAGAAAGCCGAGUUGAUAGAUUGAGACAUCAGAUUUUUAUUUUGAGUUGCACUCAGAGAAGGGCUGCUUUGAAACAUUUGAAGAUUGAUCGGAUCAAGAAAUAUGAGUACUGCUUACCUUAUUUCUACAACCCUCUUCAAGAAGAUGAGCUUGAGCAGAGCACUGAGGUUCAAAUAAUUUUCCCAUCAGAACCAAAGCCAAUUUUCUGUGAAUUUGAUUGGGAAUUAGAUGAACUUCAGGAGUUCGUUGAUAAGCUGAUCCAGGAGGAGGAAUUAUCUGAAGAUCAAAAGGAUGCCUUUAAGGAAUUUGUCAAGGAGAAAGUUCGAGAAGCAAAGAAAGCUAAUAGAGAGGCCAGGGAAGCCAGGAGAAAGGCCCUGGAAGAAAUGAGUGAGGAAACUAGAAAAGCGAUUGAAAAUCUGAGGUUCUACAAGUUCUAUCCUGUGCAAACGCCUGAUACACCUGACAUAUCAAAAGUGAAGGCAUCAUUUAUAAACAGGUAUUAUGGGAAGGCUCAUGAGGUUCUGUGAGUGGAUACAUCUAGGACAGGGAUGGCAGUUGCUUGAAGCCUGUUUUGGCUGCAAAGAAUCAAAUUUAAAGGUUUUGCUUACCAUGAAGCUGGGAGGAGCUAUGCCUCUAGUGCCGCAGUUUCACUUUAUCAUUCUAGGUGUCUAGGAGAUGCAAACUUUGCAGUUUCAAAACUUUUUGAGAGUCAGUCAGGCGCACAUUUUUACUUUAGCAGGCAUUUGUAAGAUACAUUGUUGAGGUUAUUCACAUUUUCUAGGUAUCGGCCGGCAGUGCAAUCCACCUGUUGCUCGGAUUUCUCUUUGGUUUCCCGUCCAUUUCAUCCACAUUAGUUUUUAUGACUAGAAGUUUUAGUCCCAAAACAACGAGUUAUAGUAUCUCAACAUUACAAUAAAUGACCGAAUUUAUAAUAAA